GGUUUUCUUCUAAAUGGGAUGUUUUUCUGGCGGAAGUGUACACCCUGCGAUGAGGGAGACUUGGGUUAGGGCGGAGUAACAGGAGUAUUUUUGUUUAAGGUUUAAACUCAUUUAAUAGGCCUAGUUUUGAGAGGCACAAUCCCGUAUCGCUUAGAAUAAGCCUUUUUUUACGCCUGGGGCUCUCAUAGUUCACUAAUAGUUACAUCGAUAGUGUUUUUGCUUGUUAGUGGAUACUGGAAAACGUCCGUGCAUGGACACUGCACAGCUUCGGGAAUGUGACUGUAAAACUGCAGCACCGGGAUGGAAACCCUAUGGAAACAUAGACACAAGAGGGGGGCGAUCUGUAGGUCUGGCGUGUUGAAAUAAAGAAUGGCGGCCCACCGCUGUAUUUCCAGCUGUCCCGGGCUACCGACGCUUAGUUGUGAAGGUUUUAUUUAUUUUUGCUCCUAUUGAACCAAGGUCUGAUCCAGCAUCGGAAAGAAAAGGAGGUCCACCAAAGUUGUGCUUGAAACCUCGUUUCACUGCAAGUCUCCCCCCUCCGCGAAGACACUUUGAUGUUUGGCCGUACGAUACGAGAAGGACUCGUAAAGGACCAUCGUCGGCUUAUUUUUUUUUAAGGAAGAAGUUUUCUUAUUUUCCAAUCGCAACGUGGGAUGUCUGUCUUAUUGGCUUCAGUUAACGGAGGGCCCACGAUUUGGGGAAAAUUACGUUUACUUUAAGCAAACGAAGUGGAUGAAAUCAAACUUGUGAUUUCGGUAGCUGUGUCGUGCAAACGCGGGCGUAUUUUUGAUUUUUUUUUUUUUUUGCUAAAGUUUGCGAACAAACACCAGAUCGACGUCUUUUAAAGUAGAAUUUGGAUGCUUGAGUAAAUCUGGACCUUGGCGAUUCAACUUAUUUGGACAAAAAAGGUUAAUUGAAGCUGGUCGCCAGAAGCAAGGACUGCUAAAGGAAAGGAAUAAAUAUCAGACAUUGAAAAGCAGUAAUAGAGCGCUGGGCGAUCGGGGGACCUUCUCAGGAGAGGCGUUAUGGAAUGCGGGUAUGCUUAUUGUUAAAGAAGAGACUGCAAAACUCUAGCCAAACGUGUUCAGGUAGUUUUGCUCAGGUUCUUUGCCACGCCAUAGCAUACAGCAACCCUUCGACUAAGUGGCAUAUAUAUCUCGGCUUUGAUUUUCGUUUUGCUUAAGGGAAACCCCGACUGUAACACGGCCACUUAAACUUUAAAAGAAUAUUGCUGGCUUCGUUAAACAAUAUUGCAUACCUAUGCAUAGAUGUUUAAGGGGGAUCUGCUAUUUGUCUGAAUGUUUUAGUGUUGCUGUAGGAUGCUAAUUGGAUAUAAAACGAAGAAGUAAGGAAGGAAUCCCAAUGAGCGGAUUACAAUCCACUGACAGGACUGGUAACAUCCUCAGCCAAGACCAGCUAUCCGACCAGAGGUCUCUGCACUUAGAUUCUACAGGGCUGGUGCAGAGAUGUGUGAUCAUCCAGAGGGACGACAAUGGCUUUGGCCUCACAGUCAGCGGCGACAACCCCGUGUUCGUGCAGCUCGUCAAAGAAGAUGGCGCAGCAAUGCGUGCCGGUGUCCAGAAAGGAGACCGUAUUAUUAAGGUCAAUGGGACAUUAGUGACGCAUUCGAACCAUUUGGAGGUGGUGAAGCUCAUCAAAUCUGGAUCGUAUGCAGCCCUCACUGUCCUGGGGAGGCCCCCUGGUUCUCCUCAGAUCCCCCUUUCUGAAGGUGAAACUGGGGCGGGGUCGCCUCUGACCCCACUCUACCCCUCUGGAAAGGUGGCAGGAGAGCGUGAUUCCUGGGACCGGGAUGCUGCUUCGAAACUGCUGCGGGCUCAGCCAGGCCUGGCGGAGGGUCCGAACCAAAGGGAGCCCCUAGAGAGCAGCCCAGGGAUAACGCCCAGAAACAGCGUGGGCUCCUGCCCCUCCCCUGACCCCGAGGAUAUCGCUGACCAGAACUCCCACUCCAAUUCAGGAAGCCCAUACUUGCGGCCAGUCACACAGAUAAUCGGUGCUGAAGAUGACUACUUUGAGGCAGAACAGGAACAGAUCAAUGGCCAGUGCAGCUGCUUCCAGAGCAUUGAGCUACUCAAAUCCCGGCCAGCCCACCUGGCGGUCUUCCUCCACCACGUCUUCUCCCAGUUUGACCCUGCCCCCCUGCUGUGCUACCUCUACGCCGAGCUGUACAAGCAGACCAACUCCAAAGAGACCCGGCGCGUCUUUAUGGAGCUGCACUCAUUCUUCAUGGAGCGAGGGGCGAACCUGAAAGUCUCUGUGCCAGAGUCCAUCUCCUCUGAGCUUGGUGGGGGGGGCGGGCCACCCUCAGACCGCAGGAGACCUGAGCUUCUCCCCGAGGAGCUGCACAGGCAAUAUGUACAGGCGCUGCAGGACUCACUUCUGCCUGAAGUACAGAGACAGCUGGAUGACUUCAGGCAGAAGCGCUGCAUGGGCCUGACGCUGGCCGAGGGGGAUCUGGCUCGACUCGACGUGGAGCAGAACCGGGAACAGAGCCGGGGGCCACAAGAGCGCGAGCGGCUCUGUGCCGAGAGCAUCGUCGGCAAGGUCGAGGACGUGCUCCUGACGUCGCAGCUGGCGGAGGAGGAGAAGUGUGCCACCAUGCACUACGUGCUCCUCAGCUAUAUGAAGUACCUUGGCGUGAAGGUGAAGGAACCACGAGGCCUGGAGCCCAAGCGUACACGCAUUAACUUUCUCCCCAAGAUUAAGCAGAAGAGGGUGGAGAAAGAGACGGAAGACAAGGGCAAGUCGAGGCUACUUCACAGCAUCCUCGGCGGGCCCCCACGGAAGCCUGGACCAUCCAGUGGUCGCGUCCCGGACCCACCUAAGCCCCGCCCACUUAAGCAGCCGUACCAGAGCUCUUUCUCGGUUCCUGAAACCCCCGAAGCCUCCCAACUGAUGCGUCAGCGGGGGGGGCAAUUCUCCGAGAGCUCCGAGCCGCCCACCGUUCCUGCUUUCCCAUCACAGUCGAUCGGUUUUGAGGGGGGAGAUUCUGUGCCUGGAGACCCCAGCAGUGUUCCCUACAGCACCACACAGUGCAAUUUCAGCCCCAGUAACCAGGAUCAGCUGCAAGAGGAUGACCGGGAGAGUGACAGAAACCAGGAUGGAGGAACUCCCAAUCCAGUCAGAAAAAUGGACACUACAGGACUCGCUGAGGUUGAAAGUGAGGAUGACCAGGGGGGCGAGGUCAGCUCUGAGCCCCACCCUCCAAACUGGCAGCAUCUGGUAGGGAAGGAGGUGCUAGAUGGGCUGACUCCACAUGAGAUCAAGAGGCAGGAAGUCAUCAAUGAGCUGUUCUACACUGAGCGCGCUCACCUGCACAUGCUCAGGGUGAUGGACAGCGUGUUCUACCAGAAGCUGAGCAGGGAUGCCAUACUGCCCCCUGCUGAUAUCAAGAGCAUCUUCGCCAACCUAAAGGAGAUCAUCCAGCUGCAUGUUUCCAUCAUGGAGCAGAUGACAGCCAUACGGAAGGAAAAGGUCUCUGUCAUCGACCAUAUAGGAGAUGCGCUACUGUCUUGGUUCAGCGGUGCUGAGGAAGAGAAACUGAAGCAGGCUGCGGGAACCUUCUGCAGUAACCAGCCCUUCGCUCUGGAGCUCAUCAAGAACCGACAGAAGAAGGACCAGCGCUUUGCAGCCGCCAUGCAGGAGGCCGAGAGCAGUCCGCUGUGUCGCAGACUUCAGCUGAAGGACAUCAUCCCUGCAGAGAUGCAGAGGCUCACCAAAUACCCACUACUGCUGGAAAACGUCGCCAAGUACACAGGGGACCCUGAGGAGAGGGAGAAGGUGCGGAGGGCGAGCGAGUGUUGCCGGCAGAUCCUGAACCACGUAAACCAGGCUGUGAAGGAGGCGGAGAACAAGCAGAGGUUGGAGGACUAUCAAAGAAGACUGGAUGUUUCAUCGCUGAAGCAGAAUGAGAGUCCCAUGGUCUUAGAGCUGAAGAAUCUGGACCUCACCAAGAGGAAGAUGGUCCAUGAGGGAUGUCUCUCUUGGAAGGUGAACAAAGACAAGCCAAUCGAGCUGUACACAUUGUUGCUGGAGGACAUCCUGGUCCUGCUUCAGAAGCAGGACGAUCGGCUCGUGCUUCGAUGUCACAGCAAGAACACCAAGCAUAUUUUCAGCCCUGUUAUCAAGCUGAGCACGGUGCUGGUUCGUUCUGUGGCCACAGACAACAGGUCCUUCUUUGUGCUCUCCAUGUCGGAAAACGGAGCCCAGAUCUAUGAGCUGAUGGCUCAGUCUGUGUUGGAGAAAAAGAUAUGGCAGUGUCAGAUCACUCAGGCAGCAGAUGCCAUGAAAGCAAAACCACACACGGUCAUUCCUUUACCUCAGGCAGAUGAAGUCCGGGAUGCAGCUGAGAUCAUGGCCACCAGCAAACUCCCGCCUGACUCCAGCUUCCCUGGGACUACCCACUCAGCAGAGAGAGAUGCCGAAUUUUCACCCGCUUCUGGUCCCAACCCCUUUGAUGGGAUCAAGCUGAUGGAGGGAGAGAUGGAGGACGAGGCGUCAUCGCUCAUGGAUCUCGCCGACAGGCUGGCCGCCCUACAGCCCAGGUCACGCAGGCGUGUCACGCGUGUGGACGGGGAGGUUGACGUGCCCGUGUUACCCUCCAGGGCCGAGGAAGCCUUGAAGAGCUUGGCCGCGCUCAGGCAGCUACUGGUGCUGCAGCUGUCGCAGGAAGGUAGCAGGGCGACGGGUCUCCAGAGAACCACCUCCCUACGGCUCCGACCCACACCAUCCUCAGCCUUCACCCAUAAUGGCGGGGAGGAGGGGGGCCAGGAGGUGGCCUCAGUGGAGCAGAGCUUUCCGGAGGCUUCAGAAGAUUGGUACCUGGUCCUGGCAGGUUUCGGUGAUCUGACUGAGAGCAGCACAGACGAGGAGGACCCCCUGUGGCGCGAGUCAGUGGAUCCGGAGCCUCAGCUGGCCUCCGUGUCAACAGGGGGCUCCGCUGACCCUAUGCGGCAGGUGUUGGCUCACCUGCGCGCUCUGCAGGUUAACCUGUACCAGUUGAAGGACAUGGAGAGGAAGUAUCACAGACUGCAGCAGAAAGCACAGAGACGAUCAGCUGACGCAGACGAGAACAAAGAUAAGGGUUAGAGUGACUCACCCCCUCCCCAGCUAUCCAGCCUCCCCACCUGCUUCAUCCUGCGCUGAGGGAAGACCAGACCUGCCCCAAUUACACCCAGAUCACGUGGGGAAAAUCAGCCAAUCAGGAACGACUUUGAAGCCUGGAGGUCCAGUUCUCCAGAAGACCCAAGCACACAGAGAGUGCCAAAAUGUACUGGACUGAAUCUGGGAUACAUUUAAAAAUAAGCAGUGAAAGUAAACAUUUUAAAAAUAAGUCUGUUUUUAACCCUGAGGUAUAUUUAUUGUUUUUUUUUUGUUAUUGAUUUUAUUCUUUUCCUUUCUGACCACUUUGUCCUGUGUGCUGACCCUCUGUAUUCAGGCCUCCUGGAAGCCUGAAGUUUUCCAAACUGACACAUGGACUGAUCUCUGAUGCAGUGAUGCAGACUGACUUGGCCUUUAGGAUCAUCAGGGAGUUUGGAGUUCACUGGCUGGGGGUUUAAUGCCCCUUCCCAGCUGGAGAUUAUAACUGAAGCUGCCUCCCGUUAGCCAUGCUGGGGGCAAGUGGCAGCUUCUAGACGGGGCUUUGGCUCUCGGUCUGACAGGGGUGACUGACACAGCCCCGUUAUCGGGCAUCUGAGAAGCCCCCAAAGCUGCAUUUCCUGCAUUUCAUUUACAGAUAAAAUGCUCCCCCCGCCCCCCAAGAUGUCUGUGGGUUUCAUUCCGGUUUGUCUUUGGGUUGCACCCCCCCUUGCCGUGUUUGUGUGUUCACUUUGCUUGCACUCACAGCCUCGCCCACAUGUCUGUGCCUCGCUUCCAGGGGCUCGUGCUGAUUGGUCAGUGUCACCGAUGAUCCUGCCUCAGGACCCUCCCCUUCUGUCUUCCCCUGCCCCUUUCCUUGCCUUUUAACCUUUGCCAGCGCCUGCGUUUCUGCAUGUGGGGCUUCUGCCCGUUGCCACGGGAACCCGCCAGUCUCGCUUCAUUCCCCGUCGCUGCUGCGCAGUGACCUCUGGAAUAUUCCAGGCUGAUGCUUAUCCUGGCGAGCCGAGUGGGAACUGGUACCAGAGCUGGACUGUGGAGGGGUGGGCGAGUGGAAGGAUCCAGGGAGUAUUUCCUCAACUAUAGCAACACAGAGAGGUGCGAUUGCUUUGGGGGAGGGGGGGGGGGUUGAUCAUAAUAUUUUAGAAAGAACUGACGGAGAGCUGGACCUGGGGACAUGCUGUAUAAAAACUGUACAUUUUGGAUCUGAUGGUUAGGCAUCCAUCAUAUUAAUGUUUAAGACCCCCGUCAUGAUUGUAAUAAGUUCUAAAAAGAUGAAGAAUAAAAUGUGUGGAAACGUA